GCUCAAAUGAAAACCAACAAACAAACCCCCUAACCAUAAUAAUACCAAUUCCCCUUCAAGCAAUCCCUUUGUUCUUCCCCCAAACGUUUUCCCAGAUCACCCCUUCAUAAUCCCAUUUGUGAAUGGUGGAAAUCUUGGCUCCUUGGUGGAUGAUCUCCCCCCUUUUACCAAGGGGGAUCCCUUCUCUUUCAACCGCAUUCGCUUUCGGUUCUUGCAAGGAAGGCUGGUACUUCCGUUGCAUCGGUGUUGACCCGAAUCUUGCUCACUGAUAUCUCUCAUUCGUAUCGUUUGGUUGUUUUGUUUAUUCUUAUUUCUAUUAUACGUUUAAACGAUAAUUUAAGAACAUGUUGCUUAUGAAGCAUAAGAAGAAUCAUGCCCCCAAAGUUUCUGGAAACCGGCUUUUGAUUAGUGUUACCGUUGUGGGAAGCGCUGGGCCUAUUCGGUUUGUUGUGAAUGAAGAAGAAUUGGUGGCUACGGUUAUUGAUACCGCGCUUAAGUCAUACGCUCGCGAAGGAAGGCUUCCUGUUCUUGGGUCGAAUUUUAAUGAUUUCGUUCUCUGUUGCCCAGUCAUCGGGACCGAAGCUCUGAAACCAUGGGAAAGGAUUGGAUCAUUCGGGGUCAGGAACUUUAUGCUCUGCAAGAAACCUCAGGCGGAUGGGGACGGUGAAAAACCAGUGGUUGUGGAAAUACCAAGGAAGAGCUUUGGCAGCUGGAAGGCAUGGUUCAACAAAUCAAUCCAUCUGAAAAUAUCAUCUCAUUGAAUGUCACAACAGAAUCUGAUCAUUUCCGGACCCUAUUACGAUCUGGAUAAUUUGAAUCUUUUUUGGUUUUUGUUGUGUUCUUUGUUAUGUAUGUAUUGUUCUUGGAUAGUGCUUAAGGUGGUGAGAUGAAGUUUGAUAUGUGGUUAGGGUUUUGUUUGUUUUUCAAAUCAUUUGUUAAUUUCAUAUCUUGUUCCAUAAAGGACAAUGGUAUUGUACUUUACAAUGAUAUCAAUAUGAUAUGAUUUAUUAUUGUAUUAA